CCUAUGGCUAUUUCCACCAUUACUCUGACAUAUCUUCGCUCGGGAAUUCACCCGUCAGCCAACGCUGUGCACAGAUGACAUGGUGUUCCGCCGUCAACCAGCUAUCCAAUGAUAAACCAGAUACCAUCAUGUACAGUCGAGACGAUGGCUAUUCUUCUUACCGCCACGUGCCCAACUAUGAGUGUCUACCUCAGCAUAUACUCGAUGCAUCCACCACCGGGGGGUCGCUGUCGCUGGGUGAACGACGUCAAAGGAACAAGAUCGCGUCCGCCAAAUAUCGAGCCAAGAAAAACCAGCAGCAAGGCGAAAUGCGGUCCAUGAUCAUUGCCAUGUCCAAGGAAAACGAAGUCAUGGCACGGCAACUCGAUCAGCUUUGUCAAGAAAAUACCCGCCUCAAAGCCAUGUGCGACAAGUUGCGCGGCAAAAUGAUGGCACAAAAGAUGUUGAAACAAUUUCUUAACCAUACGUCGUCAGCACACACCCAGGCAAACCCAUCACAAGCAGAUACUAUUUUCGAACAAGAUAUGGAUCUUUCAAAUAGCGAAGAGGAGGAGAUGGCGUGUCAGCUUUGAUCUGUAUACCCCAAUUUAAGUUAUUCUGCUCAAAGUAAAACU